AUGAUACGAAAACAGGCGAUUGACGGCGAGUGCAAUACAAAACGUGGUGAUUUGACUCAAGAUCCAGAAGAACCACCAGAAGAACCACCAGAAGAACCACCUCCACAAGAAGAAUCAGAACCUUUACAAAAAAAGAGGCGACAAAACCUGAAUUUUAGUGAGGAACAAGAGGCAGAACUUGUAGAAUGGCUAAAGAACCACCCUAUAUUUUACAAUAAAGGAUCAAAAGAAUACAAAGAUACACAAAAAGCAGCGCCUUUGGCAGGAAAAGGCUCAACAAAUGGAUGUUCCAGUUCCGGACAAAAAUGGGGCCUGGACAGCUCAAAUAAACCUGACACACCUCAAACGAUCGAUAUUGAAGAGGAAAUCGAAAAUGAAGACGAUCAAGAAAAACAACGGAGUACCUCUUCCAAUAUCACUAAAAAUCCAAGCUCUACAAACUUGCCAAGCAUGAAGGCACGUACCGGUACUGCAAAAAAGAAAACAAACACCAGAGAUUCGGACAUGUUAGCACAACUUAAUGAGAGGGUAACGGAGACAAAGACAUUGCAGAACAGAAUUGACGAGCUCGUGAAGUCAGCAGAUAAUCCCCGCACAGCUUUGGCAAAUUGGAUGGGGACCGUGUUUCCUUAUAUCCAUGACGACUUGUGGGAACAAUAUCUUCGUCAAUCUUUCGACAGUCUCUUUUGGUAUUAUUCGGAGUCGAAUAGAAUACGACGACAAAGAGAUCAGGUCUCAAAUCCGACAGGUUUACCAUCAUUUCAGCAACAGCAAAGAGCAAGUGAAGAACAGCGACAAAGUUGUGGAGGUUUUCAUCCAAUCAACUGGGACACAACACCGCCUCGUUAUGACCAACAACAACAGGUCCAGUCAACCCCAAGAUCGUCCUCAAAAUCCUUCCAUAUUUGCCUUGUCAUUGUUUUGCUAGUCCUUUUCUCCGUCACAAGACGUGUUCAAGGUUUGACUUGUCUAAGAUGUUCUGACGUCACUGAGCCCAGACUCUGUAAUAAAAUAGAACACUGUAAUGAUGGAGAGGUGUGCGCAGUACAACAGUACCGAGCUGAUAAUGGUGACAUAGGAUAUUGGACUGGAUGUUUUCCUAAACAGGAAUGCACAGCCGUGGAUAAUAGAACAGUAGUCACCCGAAAAAGAAGUCAGUACAUAGAUGGCGUGGUUCAGUGUCGAGAUUGCUGUACAUCAGAUAUAUGUAACGCCUACGGAUGUGGUUCUCCAAAAUACCCUGACUCCCGGGGGCCUAUUUGUUUUGAUUGUGAAGAUGUGGCGGAUCCAGCCGACUGCCAUAAUAUAACCCCGUGUAAUCUCAACCAAAAAUGUUUUAUCUUUGAGAGGAAGGUUUUUGGACAAAAGUAUUUCACGUCCAAAUGUGAAUCUCUGAUGGGCUGUCUACCACAUUUCACGGGACCAAUCGUCGGCAGGAAGCGUGAUUUGCCGGGACUAUGUAUGCACUGUUGUGAUGGUGAUCUCUGUAAUGCUGAUUGCUCUUCAGCAUCAAAUGCCACCGUCAAUAAACCAACCAGUCCAGCUAUGCCUGACCACGUUGCCUUCCAUGCAAUAGCUUACAGUCAAGCCAGUCCUGGAGUAAUUAUUUUCGAUCACGUGAUCACAAAUAUUGGAAACGGAUACGACAAUCGCUCCGGGAUUUUCACUGUACCGACAACAGGACUAUAUGUGUUUUCUUGGAGCAUAGAGACUUAUGGACAGUUGACAGAAGGUGUUCUUCUAGUGAACGGAUUGCAGCAGGGAAUGUCAAAGUCUGACCAAGCCUCAUCAUACUACGACACAACUACCUCUUUCGCCGUCCUCAACCUUACAAUAAACGAUAAAGUCUUGAUAAGACUUAAAAGCGGACGUGCAGAAGCGAUGCAUACCAUGUUUUCUGGCUGGUUGCUAAAUAAAACAGAUAGCACAGCAUUUUACACUUCCCUUUCGCAUGAUGUAACUGGUUCUCACAUAUACUUUAACAACGAGAUCCUAGACACAGAUAAUGCUUACUCCACAUCUAACGGGAACUUUGUGGCGCCUCGUUCUGGACUUUACGUUUUUAUGAUGUCAGGACUUAUCUAUGGAAGUUACGAGUUUAGCUGCAAGUUUCACUUCAGUAACAGUCUUUCUCAGCCGGAUGUUUGGGUGGAUUCGAGUAGCGGACAGUACGACAGCAGCAGUUAUAUGGCAUUUGCCUGGUUGAACUCUGGUGACUCUGUGUAUGUAUACGCCAGUAGAAUGGUGACCACCUCUGUGUUCGCUGGAUGGCAGUUGAUCGAUGACAGAAGCGUGUCAAAAUCAACGUAUCCAGCUUUCCUUGCUCAUCUAGGCAGUGACUCUUCCAGAACUCCAAUUGUUUAUGGUUCAACUCAUGGCGGAUAUCACUAUGGUUACUCAACAAGUACGGGAGUAUUCACUGCCGAUCGUGAUGGAUUGUAUUUGUUUUUGUUUAAUACAGAAGGUGACGACCAAAUAGUGCGUACUGCACUGAGAGUCAAUGGAGUGGAAAAAUUCGAAACGAGAUCGGACGGACGCCAUUCUGGUUAUGACGACACCGCCGCUGUUACUGUGCUUCAGUUAUCUUCAAGCGAUCGUGUCUCUAUAGGAGUUAAAUCUGGGACAGCUGAUAGUGGGCAAACGCUAUUUUUUGGCAUACUUCUCUCUGAAAUGUGACUUUUUCAUAUGAAAUGACAUUUUUUUGAGAUGGAAUUAUAAAUUUUGAGACUUUG